AUGGAGGAGCAUUUCGUGUUGCGGUUACCACCGUCGCUAGCUUCGCGGAUGGACCGCGUGCUGCGGGAAGACCCCACCGCCGCCGCUGACACUGCCAUGGAACUUUUCUUCCAAGCUGACGGCCGAACGGGCUCCUUUGUGAUGGGCGGGGAAUCUUUUUCCGCCUCCUUAUUGGACCUGCCAGCGGUUGUCGAAUCGUGGAAGACGUACGAUGAUAACUCGCUCGUCAAAACGGCCGACGUGGGGCAGAUGAUUGUGGUGAGGGAGCCAUCGGAGGCAGAGCGACCCAUUGAGGGACCGGAAAGCCGCAACGGCCUCACCCCGCCCAUGCGCGACGUGCGGAGGCGACGGUUUCGACGGGAGCCUGACCUCAAUCCGGAGAUAGUGGAGGAGGUGGAGGGGGAGCUACGUGGAAUCAUGGCGGGAGGAGCAGCCAAAGAUGUGGAUAUCCCUCUCAGCACACUUGCUCUUACCCUCCCUCCGCACACUCUCUUACCCUCACUCCGCACACUCUCUUACCCUCACUCCGCACACUCUCUUACCCUCACUCUGCACACUCUCUUACCCUCACUCCGCACACUCUCUUACCCUCACUCCGCACACUCUCUUACCCUCACUCCGCACACUCUCUUACCCUCACUCCGCACACUCUCUUACCCUCACUCCUCACACUCUCUUACCCUCACUCCGCACACUCUCUCUUACCCUCCAUACGAACAAUCUCUAUUGCCCUCUUUCGCACACAUCCUCUCUCAACCCUCUCUGCAUUGUAACACUUACCCUCUCCGCAAAAUUUGUCUUACCCUCUCUUUGCACAGUCUCUCUUACUCUCUCUCCACACGCUCUCCCUUACUCUCUCUCAGCACAUUUGGAGCUUGUUAG